AUGUACAAUGGUAUAGGUCUAGCAACAGCCCGUGGAUCGGGUACAAACGGCUACAUCUCGAGAAAUAGCGCUUUUCUCAAGAUUCGAGAUGGGCCUGCUCCUGGUCCGGGUUUCGGUGGAGGUCAAGGGAGAUAUGGUGAUUUUCUCGAUACCAUGAAAGGACCUCCAGUGCAUCGUCAACCCGACGAGGGGAUCUUGGAACACGAGAGAAAACGCAGAGUGGAAGUCCAGUGCGCCGAGCUGAGGGAUCAGAUGGAGGGCAGGGGAGCCGAUGAGGACGAGAUAGAGGAAGCUAUUACCUCCCUACGAACUAGGCUGUCCGCGUCAGUCCAAGGCCUCGGAUCCAAAGGCCGGAUGACCGACUCGCAUUCCAUCGCGCAGGCUAAACAGAUAGAAAUGUCUCGGAUGCAACGUGCUCUCGGCGUCUCUGCGGACCAUCAAGAAGGCAAGGCUUUCCAGCGAGAGACGGAGGACGAGCGAGCGGCUCGCCUUGCCGCCAGGGAGGCUCGAGAGCAGGAGAGGAUCAAAGCUGCUCUCAAGAGGGAAAGGGAGGAUGAGCGUAGGAAACGUGAUAGGGAAGAAAAGGAGAAAUUGAGGCGUAGGGCUGAAUACGAAGCGUCAGUACACGUCUCUCGAGGACGACGACAGAGCUGA